UGGUAGAGAAGUUGGAAAUGGAGGACAACCGGGCCACCUCUGCUGAAACGAUUGUUGCUGAUGGAAAGAUUAACAGGAAACCAAAUGGAGGGCUUCUCGUGGUUUGCUGGAAGAGUUACAUCGAGGAGCUUAAGACACGUCCGCUACGGACAAAAUGUAUAACAUCUGCCUGCGUGGCGGGACUGAGCGACGUGGUGGCCCAACUCAUAAUUUCGGGCCACUACAAGAGCGUUAAGCGCACCUUGGCAGUCGCAUGCUUCGGCGCUCUCUACACGGGCCCAUCAGCGCACUAUUGGCAAAAAUUUAUGGAGCAAUUGUUCUCUGGCAGGAAGGACUUCAAAACCGUGUUGCAGAAGGUGCUUGUGGAUCAACUCACGUAUGGGCCCGUAUGUAACGUCCUGUUCAUGUCCUUUGCUACGCUGGUGCUGGAGGGCAAGCCUUUCAGCUUCGUCAGACAAAAGAUUGCGAAGGAUUACCCCGGCGUGCAGCUGAACGGGUGGCGACUCUGGCCCCUUGCGGCUUUAAUCAACUACCGCUUCGUCCCGCUGCAGUUCCGCGUGUUGUUCAUUAAUGUAGUGGCCUUCAUCUGGACUACUUUCCUGCUGCUCAAGGCAAAGCGGGCGCAGGCGCUGCAGGUCAUAGCCAAGCCGGCCGCGGCUUAAUUAGCUUUCCAUGAGCAGGCUGCGCACAAGGUGGACAGUCGUUCACCAGCUCCACGACUUCCAUCGGGCAGCAGGAGGCGAGGUUCAACGACCCGAGGUUCAACUCCUAGUGUCCUCGUGGCUCGUAGCUGUUUUUGCAAUGGGCGUGGAUUUAUAGGUAAAAACACUUGUUCUUGUACCAUUCAUUACCUGUAAAGUUAUUCUUACAAGCAAUACAUGUGCGAUACGACCAUGUGGGUGUGCCGCUGACCGUUUUGUGAAAGCUACCGGCGGAGUGUGUUUGCCGGUAUAAGACGCGUGCGAUGGGAAGGACAGAACGUGACAUGCCUAUCACGUGACACGACACCUUUUUCAUGAUGUGCGGGGUCGUAUCUGUGUCUGUCGCUGUAUCGGAUGUGUUUUUCGCGCGAUGCCAGUUUGUCAUUUGAUGACAGCUUGCAGUACUUGCUGCAUUUUGAUAGUUGUAUGCGCAUAUAUGGCCAUGCUAUUUACGCCUGUACGCCUGUAAUUUUGAAACGAAGAAAUAGUGCUAAUCGGUGGCGCAGCCCUUGACUGCCGGAAGUGUGUCGGUGCAAGUCGACCUUCUGUCGUCAAGCACAUUAGCGCUCGUGCUGCUCGCCUAUGAGGGUCUUUGACGGUAUGCAUAUCGACGACUUAGCUCAGAUGAUACGGCUGCACUGGUCGUGUCAUGCUUCUUUGGCCGCCCCUUGAAUUAGACAGCGUGCCCCGGGGGCUUUGUCCGGUGACGCUGGGUUCGUGCUUGAGCGAACAUCGAUACUGCAAUUCCCGUUAAGCAUGUGUUUUUAAUCCUGAUCUGCUUAGGUACCGACAAAUGGUGCUUUUCACUGUAAUACCCUUUAUGGUC